AUGCCUCAUAUAGUUGUCGACAAGUCAGUUGACUUAGACUAUUUUACAGACAACAACGCGUCAGGCGGAGAUGGAGGAAAUCACUUUCACUUCAUCAAGAAGGAUGAUGGAGCUAUUCUCACAAAAAUCAGUUGCAUUAUCAUGUCAUCAACACUUUCUACCACGAACCUGGCACUCUGCAAUGGACAUUUGAUAGACCGAUCAUCGGCUGGGCAAGGACAGUCAGCAACAUAUUUCAUAGGGCUAAACUCAUGGCCGGGUAUAAAUGUUGAAGUGAAAUAUAAUGGAAGGACGAAAUGGCAUGAGGACAAUCAAACGUUACAAUCAUACACAGCUGGAGUGGGAUAUAAUGAAACAACCAACUACCGAAUGACAAUACAAUCCAAUGAUCAGCAUCAGGCGUUAGUGUUGGAUAUGAUGCUGUGGUGUGCUCAUGGCUGGUCUGGAGAUCAGUGUAAACAUCGAUGCCACUCUACUUCAAAUAAAAUGUGCAACAAAGACGGGAAACUUGCGUGUAAACAUGGGUAUGGUAAACAUUCUUGUACAGAUAUAAACGAGUGUAGCGGUCAGUCAUCUUGCAAGAACGGUGGUACGUGUAAAAACACAAUAGGUUCGUUUAUAUGUCAAUGCCGGACAGGCUGGACAGGACCAACGUGUGAGGUCGAUAUAGAUGAAUGUAACCUAGGUUAUUGUACAAACGCCUCAACUUGCACAAACAGCCCAGGAUCAUUUCACUGCAGAUGUAAUAGAGGAUUUCAUGGUAGACAAUGCACUGAUUUAAAUGAAUGCAAGAUUCCAGUGAAACUCUGCCAACAUGAAAGCACCUGUCUCAAUCAUUAUGGAUCUUUCGCUUGCAGAUGUGGUGAAGGGUAUUCUGGUGCCAGAUGUGAUAAAGACGUUGAUGAGUGUUCUUUAUCGAUAUGCAGUCCACACAGUACCAACUGUUCGAACACCUUCGGCAGUUACAGGUGUAACUGCAGCGCUGGGUGGACGGGAAAAAACUGUGAAAAUGAUAUAGAUGAGUGUAAAAGUAAUCCAUGUUAUCAUGGAACAUGCAUUAAUACUGAUGGAAGUUAUAAAUGUAGAUGUUACCCAGGGUAUGACGGUACAUAUUGUGAACAUGAUGCUGAUGAGUGUCUAAAAAUUACAUGUCCAAACAAUGGAACAUGUGUUAAUUUAAACCCACCCCAGAGAUUUCGUUGCGAUUGCCUCAAGGGUUGGGAUCCUAAAAGCCGAUGUCACCAUCAUAUAGAUGAAUGUAAACUGUCCAAUCCUUGUGUCCACGGAGCCUGUAUUAGCAAUACUGGAGAUUAUAUAUGUACAUGUGACACUGGCUGGACGGGGAGGAACUGCAGCGUUGAUUUGAAUGAGUGUAGACAUCAACCUUGUUUGCAUAACGGGACAUGUAUCAAUAGGCUUGGCAGCUACAAAUGUCAUUGUUCCGUAGGGUGGGUGGGAAAGAAUUGCAGUAUUGAUAUCAAUGAAUGUGACGUGAUUCAGCCUUGCGGUCUUUAUGGUAAAUGCAAUAAUGUAGACGGAGGAUACACUUGUCAGUGUGCCGCAGGUUGGAUGGGACAGAACUGUUAUGUUGAUAUCAAUGAGUGUAAUACGCUUCAACCAUGCAAAAAUAAUGGUAAAUGUAGUAAUACUGAAGGUGGAUACGCUUGUCAUUGCGCCGUAGGAUGGACAGGCCAAAACUGUUCUGUAGAUGUUAAUGAGUGUAGUAAGUUUCAUCCAUGUCAAAAUAAUGGAUCGUGUAGUAACACACAGGGAUUAUAUUUGUGUCAUUGUGCAGAUGGAUGGAAAGGUCAAACCUGUUCAACUGAUAUCAAUGAGUGCAAUACGCUACAUCCGUGCAGUCAUAAUGCUAAAUGUAAAAACACCAUGGGAGGGUACACGUGCAGUUGUUCAGUAGGAUGGCAGGGGAAUAACUGCACCGUUGAUGUCAAUGAAUGUGAUACGUUUCAUCCGUGCCAGAAUAAAGGCUCAUGCGUCAAUACGGUAGGCAGCUAUAUAUGUCAGUGUCCUGUAGAAUGGAAAGGUCAAAACUGCUCCGUUGAUGUGAACGAAUGUGAGACGUUUCAUCCAUGCCAUAACAAGGGCUCAUGCAUCAACACAGAAGGAAAUUAUACGUGUCAGUGCCCUGCAGAAUGGAAAGGACAAAACUGUACCGUUGAUGUCAAUGAAUGCAAUAUUUCACCCUGCAAACAUAAUGCAACUUGUUAUAAUUUUGAGGAUGGUUAUAACUGCACAUGCCCUCCUUUCUGGACAGGCAAAAACUGUGAAAUCGAGGUAGAGGAAUGCAAUAAUUUUCCCUGCAAUAAACAUAGCACUACUACAUCAGCACAAACAAGCAGUAUAUUCGUUCGACUAGAAGAUGCCAUUUAUCCCGGAUGUACGAGUUCAGGGUGGAAUGUAACUCUGGACAUGCCAACACUAACACAGCUGUAUCCAGAAAUAAAGGCCGAUCAAAUUUAUUUUGGCGACAACUCAUGUCGAGGGAAGCUGAUGGGAACUCAGUUGAUAUUUCUUCAAGGGUUCAAAGACUGUCUUACUGCCGAACGGAUAUCAGGUGACACAAUAAUAUAUGAAAAUGAAUUAUUUUAUGCAAUCUACGACUCUAUACAUCCAUUCAUCAUUCGACAACACAAAUGGACAUACGGCGUUGAAUGUGACAUCAGUCGUAACGAGGCAACGUCAUCGCACGUGCAUCACAAUGUCGAAACACAUCAUUCUGCUAUAUCAGGCCAUUAUAGCAUAAACAUGACAUUCUUUAAAGAUCCAGAAUAUAUGAAUCAACUUCCAGGAAAUCCAAUACAAACUAGUGUGGGAGAUGAUGUCUAUGUCAAGGUUUUCACAACGGCAACCGACUGGAACAUUAAAAUGAGGCUGCAUACGUGCUAUACUAAACCAAAAGAAACUACCACAAAUAUGACAUACAACAUUAUUAGGGAUGGAUGCGAAGUAGACAGUAACACGCACAUUAUCUCCCAGUCUACCCACGAGACGAGAUUCGUGUUCCAAGAUUUUGAGUAUUCUACUAACAGAGAAGGUCUUAACAUCUACUGUAACGCCACGUUCUGUGAAACAAAAGACUUUUCACCGGGAUGCGCACAGUCUUGUAUACCACAUGAAACCCAAGCUCUUGUGGGAAAAUAGGUCCUUAAUUCAUUUUGUCACGAGAUCAAAAUGAUGGAAAUUCAUCUACAUUUUACACUUAUUCACAGAUAUAUUAUUGAGAAAAUUGACAGAUUAAUUAACUUUAGAUACCUGAAUUAGAGCCCGAUGUUAUUUCAAUGUAAUAAAGAAUAUAUUUACAAAGCUCAAUGCUAAAUGUACCAUAUUAAUUGCAAUAUAUUUACUAUUCUGUAUUUGUGUAUGCGGACCUUAAAAUGUGAAGACAUCUGAACGUAAACAAGUAUAAGGUUUCUGGUUUCAGAGGACGGAAACUUCUCAAUAGGCUUGUCUUUUGUAGUUUGGUGAAGAAAUAAAUAGUUUUCAGUAAUGACCGAUGUGGAUCAUAUACACAAUGUACACAUUACGCAUUUAGCUGACAAUGUACGGUACAUUGUAUGUGUAUAUGACAUGACGGCGUUUCUCAUGUUAACCAGUAUGCCCAAUUAAUAAUAGUUUGUUAUGCCACGAUUGCAAUCUUAUUAUAAUAUAGCCUUGGGAGAAGAGCUGAUCUUCAAGGGAAACACUUUUAAGCAUUUAAAGUCAAUUUUAAGUUUAGAUAAUUAUUUUACAAUUAUGUAGCGUUUAGUUAUUAUAAUAAUUCUGAUCUUUCAAAGCAUUUUGAUAUACUAAGAAAAUUAAGGCAAUAAAUGUGAUGAGAUUAUUGCUUGAUUUGUUGAAAAUUACCAAAAUGGACAUCGGACUUAUAUGGCACAUUUGUACAUUUACCUACUGUCAGUUAAAAUGUAAAUGUACGUGCGCUUAAUUUUGAGAUAUUUGCCCAUACAGAUAAUCCUUAAUUCAAGUUGAUUUGAUAUGUUAUUGUUUUUUAUCUAUUUUUAUCUUAAGAAAGAUGAUAAUGUUGCCAGUAAAACAAACAUUGAAUGACUUCGUACAAUCAAGGGGACAGAAGUAUGAAUGAAAUUGUAUAAGCAAUUAGAUAGCACUUCUAAACACUGCAUACAUAUACCUUC